UUUCAAGUUGUGCCGAACACACUCCUUUUGUUUGUUGCUGUUCAAUAUUGCAUUAUUCGAAUUAGUUUUAGUUUUUUUUCAAAUUCAAUUCAAUUUUUCUAAAAAUUACUUUGAUAAUUAUUCGAAAAAAAUGAGCAGAGCACAUCCACCUGAACUCAAAAAAUAUAUGGACAAACGAUUGUCAUUAAAACUUAACGGUAACCGUCAAGUGUCCGGCAUUCUACGGGGUUUUGAUCCAUUUAUGAAUCUAGUUAUUGAUGAAGCGGUAGAAAUCAAUAAACGUAAUCAACAGAUACCUAUCGGUAUGGUUGUCAUCCGUGGAAACGCAGUAGUAUUACUUGAAUCUCUUGAUAGAAUCUAGUUCUUCAUAAUAAACUUAGAUUCGUUUUUUUUGUUGUAAAUUCCUAACGCUUUUGCUUCACAUAAAAAUGGCAUUAAAAUUUUUCAUCUUUU